AUGAAUCCACUGAGAGGUUUCCCCUGGCUUUUGAUAUUCUUCUAUGCAGCAGCUGUGUGCGCAGGUGUGGGUGGUGCAAAGGUCGACAAUGUGUCGUCAGAAGUCUGUCGUCAUCCAUGUGACGAGCUGGUGGGCUUGCUCACUGAGAUCCAAGGCCUGCGUAUUGUGACCGGAAACCUGCUGGAAGACCUGGACAGAGUAUCAAAAGAAAAUGAGGAGAUGCGGAUAUCUUUGGCUGAGCUGAUCAAAAGCAGAAAGGGGAACAUCAGCAGUAGUAACAUCCGCAGCAACGGCAACAGGACCAGCAACAACAACAGCAACAAAAACGGCAUCAACAACAACAGGAGCAGUAACAACAGGAGCAGUGGCGGCAGUGAUGAUGUCAAUGAUCUUGACAGAGACGGGGGGGUCUGGUGUAUGCAGGAUGGACGCGUGUACGAGCAGGGGGAGGAUUGGGAGGUUGACAGCUGCACCUCCUGUGCUUGUCAGGAUGGAAAGGUGGCGUGUCAGCAGGUGUUUUGCCCUUCUUUAUCCUGCAUUAAUCCAACCUUUAUCGAUGGAGAGUGCUGUCCUGUCUGUCUCAAUGAUAAAAAUGGCUGGUCCCUGUGGUCUGAGUGGACCCACUGUUCAGUGACCUGUGGACGUGGGGGGCAGCAGAGGGGCCGGUCCUGUAACGGCAUCAUGCCUUCCUGUGCCGGCCCGUCAGUCCAGACCCGCAGCUGCAUGCCCGUGAAGUGUGACCGCAAGGCGCGGCCUGACGGGAACUGGAGCCUUUGGUCUCCGUGGUCUGCGUGUACAACCACGUGUGGAGAAGGCAGCAUCACACGGGUUCGUCUCUGCAACCAGCCUCCACCACAGAAGGGAGGCAAAGGGUGCACAGGCAGCCCCAUAGAUACAAAACCUUGCAACAAUACACGUUGCCCCAUUGCUGGAGGCUGGACAAGCUGGAAUGAAUGGUCGCUGUGCUCAGGGUCCUGUGGUGGAGGUCUUAUGAGCCGCCAGCGGGAGUGUUUGAACCCUGCCCCUCAGCACGGGGGGAAGCCUUGUGCUGGAGACGCUGUGGACUAUGAAGCAUGUAACAAACAACCCUGUCCAAUAGAUACUUGUUUGCGUUCAAAUCCAUGUUUUCCUGGAGUGAAGUGCACAUCCCACAGCGAUGGAUCAUGGGAGUGUGGAAGUUGUCCGUUGGGUUUACAUGGCAAUGGCUCUCACUGUGAAGAUGAGAACGAGUGUGAAGUGGAAAGUGUGUGUGUCACAGAGUGUGUAAACACAGAUCCCGGCUUCCACUGUCUACCUUGUCCUCCUCGCUACAAAGGCACCCAGCCGUUCGGCCUCGGACUGCAGGAAGCCCUGAAAACCAGGCAGGUGUGUGAGCCAUAUAAUCCAUGCAAAGACAACACACACACCUGCCACAAGUAUGCAGAGUGUGUGUACCUGGGCUUGGCAUCUGAGGUUUUGUUUAAGUGUGUGUGCGCUGUGGGAUUUGCUGGCGACGGCCUUCUGUGUGGUGAAGACUCUGAUCUGGAUGGCUGGCCAAACAACAGAUUACCCUGCAAGCAGAAUGCAACCUAUCACUGUCAAAAGGAUAAUUGCCCCGCGCUACCAAACUCUGGACAGGAAGACCUGGACAAGGACGGACAGGGAGACGCCUGUGAUCCUGACGACGACAACGAUGACAUCAUAGAUGAGAGGGACAACUGCCCGCUGAUGUACAACCCUAGGCAGUUUGACUCAGACAGAGAUGGAGUCGGGGAUCGCUGUGACAACUGUCCGUUUGAUAUCAACCCGCUGCAGACGGACACUGAUGACAAUGGAGAGGGAGACGACUGCAGCAUUGACAUUGAUGGAGAUGAGGUUCUGAAUGACCGUGACAACUGUCCUUUAGUCUACAACACAGACCAGAGGGACACAGACCUGGACGGUGUGGGGGACCAGUGUGACAACUGUCCCCUUCUCCACAACCCAAUGCAGCUGGACUCUGACAGUGACCUGGUGGGGGACAUGUGCGACGACAACGAGGACAUCGAUGAGGACGGCCUUCAAAACUCUCUGGAUAACUGUCCCUACAUUCCCAAUAGCAACCAGGCUGACCAUGAUAAUGAUGGGAAGGGCGACGUCUGUGACCAUGACGACGACAAUGAUGGCAUCCCAGAUGACCGGGACAACUGCAGACUAGUGUCUAACAGGGACCAGCUGGACUCUGACGGUGAUAGGAGUGGAGAUGCUUGCUUCGAUGACUUUGACAAUGACAGUAUUCCAGAUGCUCUGGAUCCAUGUCCGCUGAACCAGGAUAUUGGCUCUAUAGACUUCAGGAAGUUUCAGGUUGUUCUAUUGGACCCUAAAGGCACCACGCAGUCGGAGCCUCUCUGGGUUAUCCGCAGCCAAGGCACAGAGCUGCUGCAGAUGGCUAACUCAGACCCUGGCAUCGCUUUAGGAUAUGACAAGUUUAGCGCGGUGGACUUCAGUGUGACGUUUUAUGUGAAUACCAACCGAGAUGACGACUAUGCAGGCGUUGUGUUCUCCUACCAGUCCAGUAAACGCUUCUAUGUUGUCAUGUGGAAACAGGUGUCUCAGGCGUACUGGGAGAAAAAGCCAUUCAAAGCUUUUGGCACAGCGGGAGUCUCCAUCAAAGUGGUCAACUCCACCACAGGACCAGGGGAGUACCUACGCAACGCCCUGUGGCACACCGGAAACACCAGACAACAGGUCAGAACUCUGUGGCAUGAUCCCAAUAAAAUUGGCUGGAAAGACUACACAGCCUACCGAAUGCACCUUAUCCACAGACCCAAGACUGGAUUCAUCAGGGUGGUGGUGUACGAGGGCAGGGAGAUUUUAUCCGACUCGGGGGCGGUGUAUGACCACACCCUGGCUGGAGGCAGACUGGGACUGUUUGUCUUCUCUCAGGAACGUGUCCUCUUCUCAGACCUCAGAUAUGAGUGCAGAGAUAACUGAGUUCUUUUGGUGGAAUAUUCAGGAAACUCUUCAACAACCCACAAGAUAUCCACAUUAAUUGCCGAAAAUCUUACUACAAUUGAGAGAGGGCAAGAGGGAGAGUUAUAAAGAGGGAGCCCCAGGUCACUCAUUCAUAGUCCAGAUAAAGACACAAGAUUAUCAAUUGGUGACCUUCAUCUAUUCAUCAGCUUUUUGUGCACUAGUAUUGACUCCAGGCUGUCUUAUUUGCUGUACAUAACUGUACGACUCAGACAGCAUCUCUUGCUUUUCAUUUGAUUUUUGCUUAUGGUUGUACAUACUUAUUUAUUGCCAGAUGUCGGAUAAAAGGGAGAGAUUGGAGGAUAAAUUGAUGAUACAUUAAGUAGAGAAGCACUAUCCAAAUGUCUGGUAGUAACUUAUCAAUA